AUGGGCAGCAAGUGCAACAGAAAAACAACAGGAGGGGUUUCAGUGCCUGUAGGGUUCAGAUUCCAUCCCACUGAAGAGGAACUGGUGAACCACUACUUGAGGAAGAAGAAACAGGAUAAAGAUUUUAAAGUUAACCACAUCAUCCCUGAAAUUGCUUUCUGCAAGCACGAGCCUUGGGAUUUACCUGGGCUCUUGUUCACAGAGCCAGACUCUCCAUAUCAUGAUAUGGAGUGGUUCUUCUUCAGCCUAAAGGAUUACAAAUACAGCAACAGCAAUCGCUCCAACAGGGCCACGCGGAAAGGCUACUGGAAAAUCACAGGCAAGGAACGUGUGAUCAGGGCUCGAGGGUCCAAAUUUGUCAUUGGGAGGAAGAGGACCUUGACCUUCUAUGAAGGUCGUGUGCCUAAAUCGAAGAAGACCAACUGGGUCAUGCACGAGUAUUAUCUCAUUGAAGAUGAAGCCAAUUCUAAUCCUAAGCUGGCAAAGAGGGAUUUUGUUCUCUGUCGCUUGAAGAAAAAACCAGAUAAGAAGGAUACUUCAAUCUGUGCUGAGGGUGAACCUAGCAACUGCAAUUUGUCUAAUUGUGAAGAUCAAGUUGCAGCUGUUGUGACUCCAGAGUCACAGGAUCACAGCCCCUCCACACUGCAAUCACCAGCAAGCAUAGAGCUGGGAGAUGUUCUGCAAGCCAAUGACAUUAAUGAAGAUUGUAAUGAAAUGCAAUCUCCAUAUGGAGAUAAUGAGUAUCAUGUUACUGAUAACAAUGAUAUUUCAACCUGUGAUGAAGGUGAACCGCAUGGCUUCACCAUGUCUGAUUUCGAAAAUGAAGUCGCAGAUGAUAUGUCGCGAGAGCUAUAUGCUCAGCAAGAAAGAAACUUGGAUCCAACAUAUACAGAACUGGAAGGUUUUAUGUAUAUUGAUGCCUCUGGUUUUGAAAAUCAAGCUGGAGAGCAGCAAUGUGCUCAGCCAGAAAAAAACCUGGAUCCAUGCUUUCAUCCACCUCAGCCACAUGAUUACUGCUCCUCCACACUGCAGUCACCAAUAUACACAGAACUGGGAAGUGUCCCACAUGCCAAUGUCUAUAACGAUCAAUGGCAAUCUACAUAUGAUGGCAAUGGACAAGUUAGAAACACCAUUGCUAAUUUUGAAAAUCAAACUACAUAUGAAAGGAUUUCAGAGGAAUAUCCUCAACAAGAAGAGAAUCUGGAAUUAAUCUUUCAUGCACCUCAGCUACAGGAUUACACACUGCAGCUACAGGAUUACACACUGCAGCCACUAAUGAACACAGAAGUGGGAGAUGUUUUGCAUGACAAUAACUAUAUUGAAUGCAAUGAGCUUCAAUCUCCAGAUUAUUACUACUAUGAGGAAACAGAAGAAUGUCAAAAGAGGCCUUGUGAAAUAGGCAUAGAAGGCGCAGCUGGGAUGAAUUGGAAGGUUUCUAUUCUGGAAGUGGUGCAGUCUAGGAGCUGCUACAUGACUGCUGGAAUCUCAGUCUAUGUAUUAGACUAG